CCCGGGCGGCCGACUUCCGGCGUGGGUACGGAUCGGCGCACGCGGUGUCGGUUCGGUUGAUUUUGCGGAGCCAUGGAGGGUGGCUUCGGGUCGGAUUUCGGGAGCUCCGGCGGCGGCAAGCUGGACCCGGGGCUCAUCAUGGAGCAAGUGAAGGUGCAGAUCGCCGUGGCUAACGCACAGGAGCUGCUGCAGAGGAUGACGGACAAGUGCUUCCGGAAAUGCAUCGGGAAGCCGGGGGGCUCCCUGGACAACUCCGAGCAGAAGUGCAUCGCCAUGUGCAUGGACCGCUACAUGGACGCCUGGAACACCGUGUCGCGCGCCUACAACUCGCGGCUGCAGCGGGAACGAGCCAACAUGUGACCCCGGGGCGCCGCGCCCGGCCCCCUCCCCUCACUCUGUUUCCAUAAAAGCCCUUUGCGAGGCGGGGUCCGCCCGUGCGUCCUGCCUGCGCGUGCUUGUGAGACCGGCCGGCGAGCGCGGCGGGGGCCCGGGGGCCCGGGGGCCCGGGGGCCCGGGACUUGGAGCGGCGGCACGGCCCCUGCUGUGGCCAGGCCCACCUCGGCCUCGAGCGGAGAAUGCGCAUUUGGACCUGGGGGUGCGGUCGCCUCCUACCCCCACCCUCGAGCUGUGACCUCUGACGGUGGACGGACGAAUAAAAGGGGCGGAGAGAA